AUCCAAAUUUGAUGACACUUCCGCUGAAAUUCAGAAACGACAACCAGAGAUCAUAAGCUCCUUCGGCAACUGUCGAUCAACGAGACGACUGGAGCUGGUAUUUACGACACGUGGAUCGUAGCUCGAGUUCCGGAGGAGAAAAUCCACAACUGGUCAUAUCCCUUUUUCUUGUAUUUUCCCCCUCCAACAAAUCCUCCCACGCCCAUUGACAAAAUGGCUGUGCGCCAAGUCAUGGACAACUUCCUUCCUAACGUCCUCGAAUUUUUCAACGCAGAUGGCGAUCUCCGAGGGAACACCCAGCUGAAAAUCGAGUGCCAAAUAUGCAACUCGGGGUUGGCCAUCAUGGAACCGCCCACGACAGCGGAGGAGAACGAGUUGUUGGACCAGGAGAAUCAGAAAGAGAUAUGGACAAGUCUUCCAUGCGGACACAUGUUUGGCCACAAAUGUCUGGACACUUGGCUCAACCGCAGCGGCCGCAGCGAUCCGACCUGUCCCGUCUGCCGCAAGUCAUUAACCCACAGACGGUGCGGUCAUAGGGUGGAACUAAAAGAAAUGCAGCUAGAGGACGGCUUCAACAUUAGAGUUGACGCAGGGAGAGUUCUGGGUCCUGAUGAAGACCUUCCACCAAAGUGUAAGGCAUGCCAAACUCGUACUUCACAGUCUUCUGGUUGGGAUUCAUUUUCGGAACAACGACAUUCAUCCCCGCAGAGCCGACCACAACACCAACCCGACCCUGUGUUCGAGGGCGAGCUUUCCCCAAUACACUCUGAUGAUGAUGAAGAUCAAGAAUCUGACGACGAUGACGGAGAAACAGAGAGACGAGUGCUAUAUCUGACCCCCUCACAGACGCUGGAACGCUUCGACUCGGAUGCCAACUUCCGGAAUCAAGUCUGUCAAAGGUAUGGAUUAACGCCUGAACAGUUCAGGACCACAUGGACGGAUUCACAUGACGAAAGGAACGGCUUCGUGCAGGGGAGUGCUAGCGGAAGCCCGGAUAUGGACGUUGCGGACCCAUCAGCCAUGUCCCAUGGGUCGAUGACGCCAUCGCCGUCGUCGAGUAAUUCGUGGCGUGCGUCCUAUACUCUAGCGACAAUGUACGGCAAUGGCUCACAUAGCUCGUAUGGUCCGACACAAGGCAAUUCUCCAUGUGGCCCGGUUUGUCAGAUACACGGCAGUCAGACAUAUGACAACCCGAACUCCUACCCUUCGUCGCUCACCGGCAGUUAUAUGCCUUUCAUGAUUGGAUCGCAACCGCCGAUGGCGGCGAACUAUGGAGGUCCAUACAUAACUGUGCCUGAACAGACACAACGGUGGCCGGCUGGCUAUCCUUUGAGCACCCAGAGUCAGAGCCAGGGUGGUCACUCUUCGGGUCACCACUACCUGCACCAUUACCACCAUUGA